AUGUAUGUCGCAAACCCCGGGUAUGACCGCCACCUCGGGGCCAUGGGACGCAAGAGCUACGGACCUGUGUUGAACUACUUCAAACACGUCCCUGACGACCUCGUCGUCACCUCCACGCCCGGCCUCAUCAUCUCCGCUCUCGGCACGGUUGUGCUGAUCACACUCUUCCUCUUUGAGCUCUCGGCGUAUCUCACAGUCACCUCGACCACCGACCUUGUCGUCGACGAGCUUGUCGACGAGACGCUGCGAGUCAACUUCAACGUCACGCUGCACCAGGUGCCGUGCGAGUUCCUCUCGGACAUCCUCAAGUGGCGGCUCGACUCGAACCAGCGAGUCGUGCGGGACGCGGCGGCGGUGAGCGCGGUGGAGACGAGGGAUGCGAAGCGGGCGGCGGACGCUGCCAUGUCCAAGGAGCCGGUCUCGCCGUCGUACGGCGACGAGGAUGAGGAGGAGCCGCCCGACACGGACCUCUCGCAGCCGCUGUCGCCGGACACGUUCGUCCCCUUCCUGCAGCAGCACGAGCUCAGCCUGGUCAACUUUUACGCGCCCUGGUGCAUCUGGUGCCAGCGGCUCGAGCCUGUCUACCUCGAGGCGGCCGCAAAGGUGCCGAGCCUCGAGUUCCACGGGCACACGCGGUUGGCGCAGGAGUUUGAGCUCUUCACCGACGAGCGGUCGGUGGGCGCCAUCCUCGGCUUUGACUCCUACCGCACCUCGCACGCCGUGCUGCGGAAGCAGCAUGCCGCGCGCUUCGAGGUGCGGCGCGGCGCCCUGUCAGCGGGCCGCGACCUCUACCGCGCCAAGAUGCCCAUCGUGGCUGCGAACACCUUCUGCGGCAACAACGAGGAGUGCAUCGGCUUCACGUACGCCGCGGAGGAGAUGCCUGCCAAGGACGCCAAGCCAGACCCGUUCAUGCCGGGCGAGAACCCCCUCAUCUACUUCAAGAGCGGCAGGGCGGGCGAGGCGCAGGUCAACGCAGACAAGCAGUGGACCUCCUACCUCAAAAUCAACAACGCGACUGCGCCCGUCUCCUCGUCGGGAUCGCUGCACCACGGGCCAGAGGGCUGCAUGGUCGCCGGCCACCUCCGCGUGCGCAAGGUGCCGGGCGUGCUGAAGCUCGUCCUCCACUCACCGGAGCACGACCAUGAGCACGCGCUCAUCAACUCGUCGCACGCCGUCAACGAGUUUUGGUACGGCGAGCCGCUCUCUCGCUUCCAGCGCUCGAGGCUGAGCGAGGCGGACCGCUUCGAGAUCGACUCGCCGACCUCGCACCGUCUCGAGUCGAUUCCGUUCAUCUCGGACGCCGCCGGCGACAGCCACGUGCACUACCUCAAGGUGGUGACUAAGGUGGUGCGGCGCUACUCUGCUCGCGACGCCGACACACUCGUCUACAAGUACACGGCGGACGCGAGAAAGCGGGCGGUCAGGGAAGAGUCCACCAAGAGAACGGCCUUAGUGGAGGAGAGGGUCAUUGGGCUAUCAGAGGCGCCGAUCGAUCGCUGGUCGUCGACGAAGGACAUGCGGGGCGUGUGGACGGCGUGUGCAGACGGCUCGCUCUGCUGCGAGCAGGUGAUCGGCAUCAUCGAGGCUGUGCUGCACACCGCCACGGAGAGCUUCCUCAAGAAGCAAAUGUAGCGGCCCCGAGCGGGGCGCGUCGAGUUGUAGCGGGAAAGGGCGGUCUGGGGGGGUAACUGCUACUUUAACUCGGUGAACGGUCUAGCUCUAGCCGUGUGAAGCCGUGCGUGGGAGACGUCAGACGACGAGUCCAUUUCCUGUUGUUUUGUUUCUUACUCGCUUGCAAAAUC